GGGGAAGCCGGUAAGACCAAAAGACGGCCAGUAGAAACUAAACUUAUAUCAUAUUCUUUAUCCCAAGUAGGAAUGUGAAGAUAAAUAAAAACAUGGCUGAAGAAGUACUAAUUACGUCGACAGGUAAAACAUCGCACCUAACCUCAUCUCUGCUGGCAGUUGCUUUCCUCACCUCCUUUGGUAGCUCUAUGCUCUAUGGAUACAACUUAGCUGUGGUCAACUCUCCUGCUGUGUACAUUAAAAACUUCUAUAACCGUACAGUGGUAAGUCGGAAUGGAACUGGACUGAACGAGGAGGCCCUGACACUGAUGUAUUCACUCACCGUUUCUGUGUUUGCGAUUGGAGGCUUGAUCGGCUCCUUGAUGGUGGGCACACUGGUCACCAGAUUUGGAAGGAAAGGAACAGUGGUCAACUCCACUGUACUGGUGUUCUUGGCGGCAUCUCUCAUGGGGUUCAGCAGGAUCUGUGGGUCACCAGAAAUGGUCAUCUUUGGACGUUUUGUAACAGGGAUACAUUCAGGUAUCUCUCUCAGCGUGGUGCCUAUGUACCUGGGAGAGAUUGCUCCAAAGAACCUGAGAGGUUUCCUGGGGCUCACGCCCAGCAUUUUCAUUUGCGCGGGGGUUUUUUCUGCUCAAAUCUUGGGCCUGCAUGAACUUUUGGGAAAGGAGGAGCACUGGCCCCUUUUCCUUUCCCUUGUAGUGGUCCCCACCUUUGCCCAGCUGAUGCUGUUGCCGUGGUUUCCAGAAAGUCCACGCUACCUGUUGAUUGAGAAGCACAAUGUUCUUGCCACCAUCACUGCCUUGAAAUGGUACAGGAACAAAUGUAACAUCCAGGCAGAGAUAGAGGAGAUGCAAGAGGAGCAACGUUCUUUGUCCUCAGUGGAGACAGUGUCUGUCUGGCAGCUCCUACUAGACCACACUGUUCGCUGGCAGGUCCUCUCUGUGGUGGUUAUCAACGUUGGCAUGCAACUGUCUGGCAUUGAUGCAAUCUGGUUUUACACCAAUGACAUCUUUGAGAAUGCUGGGAUUCCAGCCCCUGAGAUCCAGUACACCACUGUUGGAACUGGAGCUAUAGAGAUUGUUGCAGGCCUUAUAGGGUGUUUCACCAUAGAGCGGCUGGGGCGCAGACCCUUGAUAAUCGGGGGUUUUGGUGUCAUGGGAAUGUGUUGUGCUGGGAUAACAAUAUCUCUCAUUCUUCAAACACAUGUGCCUUUCAUGAAAUAUGUGAGUGUGGGGUGUGUGGUUGGUAUCAUCGCUGGAUUCUGUAUAGGGCCAGCGGGUGUUCCAUUCUUGAUCACAGCAGAGCUUUUCAAGCAAUCGCAUCGUCCAGCUGCAUACACUGUGGGAGGGUCUCUUAACUGGAUGUCUAACUUCACUAUCGGCUUCAUCUUUCCUUUCCUGCAGAUGUCUGCUGGGCCCUAUUGCUAUCUAGUAUUCUGUAGUGUGUGUCUAGCAGUGGCCAUUUACGUGUUCGUUGUUAUUCCUGAGACAAAAAAUAAGACGUUUGUAGAGAUUAGUCAGAUGUUUGCUACUAAAGAAGCUGUGGAAGAGAGCCAGGCCCUCGGUCACCUAGACCAGCUCAAACUGAAGAAAAUGAAUGGAUAUGGCACGCUUGAGAAUGGUUCACUUGAAUUUGACAGUUCAUCCUCCUGUCCUUGAUCGCCAAAGAAAAGCCACAGAACACAUUUGGAAGAUUAAGAAAUUGGAUCAAAUGGCUGAAUGAAAUAGGUUUUUAUCCAUAUGUUAAAGGCUUGACUAAGCUCUUGUAUUAAUGGCUUAAUAUCUUGCACAAAGGGCCCAAAAGACUGCAAAAGGUCCAUUCCUUCCAUCAGGUUGAGACUUAUAACAAAAUUGUACAAUACCUGUGCUGAAAUUUGUUGUGAGAUGGUGCUUGGAACAUCUAGAGCUUUUAGAGAAUGUGUGAUACUUUGUAUGUAAAGACAAUGCCAUAAAAACGUCAUUUAUAUUGGUUUUUGAGAACUUAGUGUCAUGUUCUAUUAUGUUCUACUAUUUAUCAUGUUUGUGUUAUGAGAUUAUUUUUUUCAUUUAUAUAGGCCUUAUAGUCAUCAAUGUUGUAGAGAGUUUAUACAUUACACUUAGUCAUCACUUACACAUUAUUUUGUGCUUUAAAACAUUGCUUACGUUGAAACAUCAAGGUGCAAAUGUACCACGUGUCCUCCUCAGAGACUUGUAGCACUUUGAAAGCAUUGAGAUCAAACUUGUGAAGACACCACAUAUCAUGUGCUUUUUUCUGAAAUUGUGUUUUUCAUUCACAAACAUUCUGAACACUCCUACAGCUGUAUAUAUACUGUAUGGUUGACUGCAAGAAUGUCAAAUAUGUACAACACCAGAAUAAGUUCAUGUAUGUAUUAUAUAUUAGUUUCAUUGCAAUUUAUAUGGAAAAUGUGAUCACGUAAAAUUCAAAGUUUAUGUAAUAUACAAUUAUAUUACACUUCACAUGUACUAAAAUAAUUUUUAGACUAUUCAAAACUUUAUAAC